UUUCCACAAAUCAUGGAACACAUCGUCAUGGACGCCAACACCUAUCCUGAUUGGUCGAGACGGUAGUUCUUGAACUGCCACUGCAACCAACCCUUUCUCUCGUGCCGAAGAAAGAACAUGGAGGCAGCUGGGAAGGUGAUCAAGUGCAAGGCAGCAGUAGCUUGGGAGGCUGGGAAACCUCUGUCCAUUGAGGAGGUGGAGGUGGCCCCACCAAAGGCCAACGAAGUGCGCAUCAAGGUCUUUGCGACAGGGGUUUGUCACACAGAUGCCUUCACCUUGAGUGGCAGCGACCCUGAGGGACUUUUCCCUGUCAUCCUGGGUCAUGAGGGUGCCGGGACAGUCGAAAGCGUAGGAGAGGGAGUCACCAAGUUCAAACCAGGUGACACCGUCAUCCCAUUGUAUGUGCCGCAGUGUGGUGAGUGCAAAUUCUGCAAAAACCCCAAGACCAACCUCUGCGGGAAGAUCAGAAUGACCCAAGGCCGGGGUCUGAUGCCUGACAACACCUCGCGGUUCACCUGCAAGGGCAAGCAGCUGUUCCACUUCAUGGGGACCAGCACCUUCUCUGAGUACACAGUGGUGGCCGACAUAUCGGUGGCCAAGGUGGAUGAGAAGGCUCCCCUGGACAAGGUGUGCUUGCUGGGCUGCGGCAUCUCCACGGGCUACGGAGCUGCCCUCAACACUGCCAAGGUUGAGCCUGGCUCCACUUGUGCCAUUUUCGGCCUGGGCGCCAUCGGCCUUGCCGUCAUCAUGGGCUGCAAGGUUGCCGGGGCGACCAGGAUAAUCGGCGUGGACAUAAACCCAGACAAGUUUGACAAGGGCAAAGAGUUUGGGGCCACCGAGUUGGUGAACCCCAAGGACCACAGCAAGCCCAUCCAGGAGGUGCUGGUGGAGAUGACCGACGGGGGGGUGGACUACUCCUUUGAAUGCAUCGGCAACGUGGCUAUUAUGAGGGCAGCUCUGGAGGCGUGCCACAAAGGCUGGGGCGAGAGCAUCAUCAUCGGGGUGGCCGGCGCAGGGCAGGAGAUCUCCACACGUCCGUUCCAGCUGGUUACCGGCCGUGUGUGGAGGGGCACAGCAUUUGGAGGCUGGAAGAGUGUGGAUAGCGUCCCCAAACUAGUGACUGACUACAUGAACAAGAAGCUGAAGGUGGAUGAGUUUGUAACCCACACCUUGCCCUUUGACCAGAUCAAUGAGGGCUUUGACCUCAUGCAUGCUGGAAAGAGUAUCCGUACCGUCUUGAAGUUCUGAAGUGCCUCCCUGCCAUGUUGAGCAUCACAUUCACCUUCAGGCCUUUAUAAAACAAUCACCUUUCAUACACUGUAGCACUUAACCCUGUGCACUUAAUGUCAUUCAACUUUCAGAAUUAGCUCUCCAGUCCAGUUGCAUACAUAUGUAGCUCUGUCCAUGUCAAUUAGGAUCAAUAAAACAUUUCAAAAAAAGCAA